AUGGUUUAUCACCCCAGUGCCUUCCUUGCACAUGAAGAUUGUAUCCUUUUAGACACAAAGACACUAGCAGAUGAUACCUUUGAGUACUUGAUUUGCAUGGCUCUGGAUUACUUCCUGCAAGGGUGGGUGGCCACCUUUGGUUGGAACCUUACUACCCAAACAGAUUUGCUUGCCAGUUUGGUUUUGACCAAGGAGUUCCAACGAACAAACUUCUAUUUAGCAUAUGUGAGAGAUAGAGGUGUGGGAUUGAAAAAUUGGCGAGAGCAUAAACUGUCCUCAUUCGCAAGGAUCUAA